AUGAGGGUUUUAAUUACGACUGUUUCAGGUAAUACUCAUGAAAUUGAAGUUGAUCAGAAUCAAACUAUCAAAGAAUUAAAACAAAAUAUUAGUGAUUUAUAUCAGAUUGAAACUCAGUUAUUACAUCUUAUAUAUAAAGGAAAAAACUUAAAGAAUGACAAAAGUACAUUAAAAGAGAACGAAAUUACAGAAGGUAGUAAAAUUACUGUUAUUAAAUUAAAAACACUAACACAUCUAAUUUCAAAAGAAAUACAAGCUAAAAAAGAGGAAAUUAAUUUUAAUAUAACUGAACAAGAAGUAAAUGAUGAUAUUAUGGAAAUUGAAUUUGGAGAUGAAAGUUUUGAAGAAAUUGUAAAUGAAAUAGAAAAAGAAGAACCAGAACUAGCAGAAGAAAUUAGAGAUAAUCCAGAAUUAUUAAAUAUUAUAUUUGAAGAAGAAUUAAAAGAGGCUAAUGAAUAUUGUAAGAAUCAUAUGGAAGAAAUAAAUGAAGAUACAGAAGAAGAAAAUGAAGAAGAAAUGAUUAAUUAUAAAAAAGAAUUAGAACAACUUAAAAUUGAAGGAGAAGUAUUUGAUAAAAUUAAUAAUAAAUUAAAGAAUGGAGAAGAAUUAAAUGAUUUAGAACACUCAAUAUUAGAAGAAGAAAAUUCGUAUGAAUUAUGUAUAAUAUUUAUAUUAAUUAAUGAAGGGUUUCCUGAAAAUAUUGUACGUGAAGCAAUAAAAAAUACUUCAACUCUUGAUGAAGCACGAACAUACUGCAAAUAUUAUUUAAAUUAA